AUGAAAGACGCAAUGGUAGCACCACUGAAGAGUCGCAGCCAGGGUAGAAGUUAUAACGACGUGAACUUCCAUUUUGACCUUCGUCGAGUUGAUGAUAGUGCAAAUAAAAGACAAGAAGGAGGACUGGCGAUAAUUUUAGAAGAUGCUAUAAUUUGGAUUCAUGAUUAUGACUCCAACGGGAGAUCCGUCUUCUCGCAGACGACAUGGUUUGAGGUCAGUCGACGAAAGACCGGACUUCGAAGUUUAGGAGCUACUUUUAUUACGAGUACUUUUGUAAGUGGCAUUGAACGCACAGCCAUCGAUUGGCUCGACGAGGUUGAUGACUUGAUCAGCAUAUUGCGGGGUGGCGAGAAUGAUACUUACGACAGAGUGAAGAUCGCCGUCAUUGACUCGGGCAUUCAUGACAGCCAGAAGCAUCAGUACCAAGCUGAGUACAAAGACUUUACUAACCACGCUCGGAACAACUCUUGGCACGGUACCUCUUGUGCAAGCAUCAUUCAAGGAAUGUAUGCCGAGGCCAAUUUUUAUAUCGCAAGAAUAUUCAAGAACGAUCAUGCGGAUGAGAAUGAGGGGCCUCUCCAAAUGGCUAGAGCGAUCCUUUGGGCUAUCGAGCCACCUCAAUCAGUCGACAUCAUUAGCAUUUCAGCUGGAUUUCCCCACUACUCAAAGGAACUCGAUGACGCAGUGACGAAGGCCAAGUCUAUUGGGGUUCUCGUGAUAGCUGCAGCCUCCAACUGGCAAAAUAUAAGGUCUGUGGCCUUUCCAGCUCGACACAACCUCAGUACUAUGUGCAUUUACUCUGCCAAUACUGGCAAUCAGGGUUCUCACUUCAAUCCAGAGCCUAGAGAUGUGACGCCUAAUCUAGCCAUUCUUGAAGAGGGGUUUCAGCAUCCUGAUCAGCACAGGAACAAGUCGUUAGCCGGAACAUCAAGUGAGAGACAGCCCAUAUCCAAUGGCCUCAGGUACAGAUGA